AUGGCUGGUACUGAGGAGACCCAGUUUCUCAGCUGUGAAAGCUCGCUAGGUGACCUUAAGCCAGUCACACUCUUCCACUCCAACCUACUGACAGGUGUUGUGACUAAAAAUUACCAGCAUAUUCUGGCCUUGGUAUUUGCAAUAAUGAAGAUAAAUGAAAACUCUCAGAUCUUACCAAAUAUCUCUUUGGGCUUCCGCAUCUAUGACAGCUACUUCAGUGCACAGUGGACAUGCUAUACUACAAUGCUACUCAUAUACACAGUGGAGAGUUUUAUCCCAAAUUAUAUAUGUGGCAUCCAAAAUAAACUGGCUGCAGUCAUUGGGGGAUUGGACUCACAAACCUCCGUUAAUAUUGCAACCAUUUUGGAUAUCUACAAGAUCCCACAGGAUUCAACAACCACACUUCAAUCCCAUACUUGCUUAAAACUUUCUAUAAAUCAAACCUAUUCUGAUUAUCAUAUCUCUAAAUCAGUGGUUCCCAACCGAGGGCCGUGGACGUGGAUUGGAGUCAUUAUUCUGGAAGAUGAGAAUGGAGAAAAAUUUGUGCAAACUCUACUUCUACUGUUUUCUCAGCAUGGUGUCUGUUUUGCCUUUGUAGAAAGAAUUGCUCAAUUACGUGUUGUUGACACAGAAACAAUUCAAUAUGGGUUGAAACUUUAUGACAAUAUAAUGAGUAGCAAAGCCAAUAUAAUGAUAGUGUAUGGAGAGUCUUAUACCAUUGUAUAUUUAAGAUGGUUGUCAGUUCUGUCAAAUCUAGAAGAUGUGACAAGGGUGCCAAAAGGUAAAGUUUGGAUAAUGACAUCCCAGAUGGAGUUCAUUUCAUUUGCCUAUCAAAGGAACUGGGAUACAGAAAUGCUCCAGGGUGCUCUGUCCUUCUUAGUUCACUCCAGUGAUUUACCAGGCUAUAAGUUAUUUGUUGAGAGCAGAAAUCCUUCUAGUGCAGCAGCAGAUGGGUUUAUAAGAGACUUUUGGCAAAAUGCCUUCAACUGUAUAUUUCCAAAUUCAACUAUGGACAAAGUGGUUGAUCUUGUUUGCUCUGGAGAGGAGAAACUAGAAAGCCUUCCUGCUCCUUUUUUUGAAAUGAACAUGACUGGCCAUAGCUAUAGCAUCUACAAUGCCAUCUAUGCAGUGGCUCAUUCUCUGCAUGCCAUGUUUGCAUCUAGAUUUAUUCACAGAGCAAUGGUAGACAAAAUGGAUCUGAAAUUUCAGAACCGACCGUUGUGGCAGCUUCAUCGUUUUUUGAGAAGAGUCUCAUUUAAGAGUGCUGGAGAGAACAUUUCCUUUGAUCAGAAUGGGGAGUUAGUAGCUGGACUGGAUGUGAUCAACUGGAUUUUUUCCCUUAACCAAAGUUUCCAUAAAGUGACAGUUGGGUGGAUGGAUCCUCAUGCUCCUCCAGAACAAGCCUUCACCAUCCAUGGAGAUGCCAUAACAUGGCAUAGCUGGUUUAAUCAGGUCCUGCCCCUUUCAGUAUGCAGUGAGAGUUGCCAUCCUGGUACCAGCAAGAAAGUAAAGGAGGGGAAACUGUUUUGUUGCUAUGACUGUAUCCUGUGUCCUGAAGGGAAGAUUUCAGAGAAGCAGGAUAUGAAUGACUGCCAUAAAUGUACAGAAAGAAAAUAUCCAAGCAAGAACCAGGAUUUCUGUGUUCCCAAGAUUAUAAGCUAUUUAUCGUAUGAAGAAUAUUUGGGGAUUAGUUUAGCUUUCCUUUCUCUUUUCUUUUCUUUGAUGACAGCUCUGGUGCUUGGAACGAUUAUGAAACAUCACAACACUCCCAUUGUCAAGGCCAAUAAUAGGAAUCUCACCUACUGUCUCCUCUUCUCACUCCUGCUAUGUUUUCUCAGUACAUUGCUAUUCAUUGGUCAUCCACAGAAAGUGACAUGUUUUCUUCGACAAGCCACUUUCGGCAUCAUCUUCUCAGUGGCCAUUUCUUGUGUGUUGGCCAAGACUAUAACAGUGAUUUUAGCUUUUGUGGCUGCUCAACCUGGAUCUAGGAUGAGAAAGUGGGUGAGGAAAGGCCUGGCCAACUCCAUUGUUUUUUCCUGCUCCCUUAUUCAAGCAGGUAUCAGUAUGGCAUGGCUGGCAACCUCUCCCCCUUUCCCAGAUGUUGACUUGCACUCAAUGACUGAAGAAAUUGUACUGGAAUGUAAUGAGGGCUCUGUGACUAUGUUUUAUUGUAUCCUGGGCUACCUUGGAUUCCUGGCCACUAUUAGCUUCACUGUAGCCUUUUUUGCCAGGAAGUUACCAGACAGUUUCAACGAAGCCAAAUUCAUCACUUUCAGCAUGUUGGUUUUCUGCAGUGUUUGGUUGUCUUUUGUUCCAACUUACCUGAGCUCCAAAGGAAAAUAUAUGGUAGCCGUGGAAAUCUUUUCCAUCUUAGCUUCCAGCAUUGGACUGCUGGGUUGUAUCUUUUUCCCCAAAUGUUUCAUUUUAAUAUUGAGGCCUGAACAGAAUACUAAGAAAUAUUUAAUUAGAAAGAAGUGA